AUGGCUCAGCCAGAAACUCUAAAUCUCAAUAACGAGGUUGUGAAGAUGAGGAAAGAAGUGAAGAGAAUCCGAGUUUUGGUUAUCCGAAAACUUGUAAGGGGUGUUGGCAGACUAAAGUCAAAAAAGGGCAGUGAAGAUGCACUGUUAAAAAACCAAAGGCGGGCACAACGAUUACUUGAAGAAAUCCAUGCCAUGAAGGAAUUAAAACCUGAUACAGUUACUAAAUCUGCUCUUGAAGAUGAUAUAAACUUUGAAAACAUCUGCAAAAAGCCAGAUUCUACUGCAACUGAAAGAGCAAUUGCCAGACUGGCGAUACAUCCUCUUCUGAAGAAAAAAAUAGAUACGCUAAAAGCUACUGUCAAAGCCUUUAAAGAUGCAAGACAAAAUGUUGCUGGAGUUGAAUCAUCAGAUGCUUCAGAAGAACAUUCCAAGGACACUUCCUGUUCAAAUGAUAAUGAAAGGAAAUUGCAGCAUGAAGGGACUGUUGUCAGUACGCGUAAAGAGAAAGAAUCCAAAGUGCUGGCAAAGAAGCCCAUAAAUAACUCAAAAGAAAAAUUGAGCAGGACGGGACAUGAACCCAAAGCAGUGAACAUUCCAAACUCUCCAUCAAAACCUCCUGGGAAAGAUUCUGUAGUUUCAGCUCCAACCCAGAAAACACCUACUGACCCAAAAAUGAAAACAUUAAGUGAGACCCCAAAAACCAAAAGAUCCAAUAGCUCACUUGAGGACAGCAGUGAUGGAGAAGAAUUGCAUGAGGAAGAGAAGGAGUAUUUUGAUGAUAGCACAGAAGAAAGGUUUUAUAAACAGUCUUCCAUGUCUGAAGAUAGUGAUAGCAGUGAUGACUUCUUCAUUGGCAAAGUCAGACGGACACGAAGGAAGGAGAGUAGCCACCAUUCUUCAGUUGAGGAAAGAAAAAAACCAAAAAAACCUUUCCCUGAAGAAGAAAUACUCAAAACCCACAGGGAUAUGACAGAUGACAAAAACAAACCAAGUACAGAAUCCAGGAAGUUUGAAUCAGUAUUUUUCCACUCAUUAUCUGAAUCAAAAAGCACUGGAAGAAAUUCCAGAGAACAGGCUCCAAAAAGCAAAACCGCAGUGUUCCAGACAAUAUAUUUGGAUGGAAUUGGAGCCAAAGCAGGGCAUAGAGGUGUCAGAUGA